AUGAGUGUCCCAACUUGGAAAUACAUGAGCCGGUUCCUAGCCAUCGAUGGUCAAAUCUACUUCGCCGAGGCUCCUGGGCCACUCGAUUCGACUGAAAACUCACAUCUCACUCUGACAGGCUAUCUGUCCUUUGCUGAAUUUGAGAAGCGUGAAGGCGGGAAGUCGAUUAGCGUUGAGAAGUUCCUCUCCCCAACACCGGUCCAAACCAACGAAAUUGUCUGCAUUGGAACGAAUUAUCGAAAACAUGCCGAAGAAGCAAAUCUCACCGUUCCUGAAGACCCUGUCAUGUGGUACAAGCCGUGGAGGUCAUUGACAGACCCCGGUGAUGUCCCAAUUCCAAAAGUCGCUCAACAGAAAUUCCUAGACUUCGAGGGCGAACUUACUAUUAUCACAUCGAAAGACGCCCGUGACGUCAGUCUCGAAGACGCCCCGAACUACAUCCUCGGGUACACCAUUGGUAACGACCUCACGGCUCGAUUUUACCAAGACCCAAAACGGGCGGGCGGUCAGUUCACGCGGGCCAAGGCCUUCGACAAGUUCGCGCCGCUGGGCCCGGUCCUGAUCAGCGCCCAGGAGUUUGGAAGUUUCGAAGGCAAGAGAAUCACCACAAAAGUCAACGGGAAGGUAUUCCAAGAGAGUACUUUGGAUCUCAUCCAUGAUUCUGCAAAGUUGAUUAGCUUUCUAUCGGAAGGUGUCACCCUCCCAGCUGGCUCAGCGAUCAUGACGGGCACGCCUCCUGGGAUCGGGUACUUCCGGAACCCCAAAUACAACCUAAAGGAUGGCGACGUCGUCGAAGUCUCCAUCACAUCCAUUGGAACUCUCAAGAACACGAUGAAAUUCGAAUAG